AAGAGUUGCAAGGGGUGAAAAAGAGCUUAGUGAGUAAUACAUACUGUUUGAGUAUUAAAUCUUCAUUUUAAGCGAUUCGCUUGUGCCUUUUGUUCCAUCGCUUAGAACCGAAAGCCUAAUCAUGCCUCGUAUAAUGAUAAAAGGUGGAGUGUGGAGGAACACAGAGGACGAGUGCUUGAAGGCAGCUGUGAUGAAAUAUGGGAAACACCAGUGGUCCCGUAAUUCAUCACUACUACAUAGGAAGUCAGCAAAGCAAUGCAAAGCCCGUUGGAAUGAAUGGUUGGACCCAAGUAUAAAGAAAACAGAGUGGAGCCUUGAAGAAGACGAGAAACUCUUGCAUCUAGCAAAAUUGAUACCAACUCUGUGGCGAACCAUUGCACGUAUCAUUGGACGAACAGCAGCACAGUGUUUGGAACGUUACGAGUACCUGCUGUAAGUACGUCUUUGUAAGACAUAGGAUUGAUACUUAGUAUGUGGCCUUUUAUUUGUAUAAAGUAGGUCUGACUUGUAAAAUGUAGUCCUUGUCACCUUAUUUUGUAGAUCACAGUACUAAAGAGCAAAAUUGGGUCUUCUGUAUACAUCUAAUAUAUAAAAGAAAAAUAAAGCUGUCCCUG